CCGGAGGAGCCCGGGGAUGAUCCAGUGCGUGCGGUUCCACCCGGUGCGGCCCUACUUCCUGGUGGCCUCGCAGCGCUCCGUGCGCGUCUACAACCUGCUGCGCCAGGAGCUCACCAAGAAGCUGCAGAGCAACUGCCAGUGGAUCUCCAGCAUGGCCGUGCACCCCGGAGGGGACAACGUGAUCUGCGGCAGCUACGACAGCAAGCUGGCCUGGUUUGACCUGGACCUGUCCACGCGGCCCUACCGGCUGCUGAGGCACCACGGCCGCGCCGUGCGCUCGGUGGCGUUCCACCGCCGCUACCCCCUGUUCGCCUCCGGCUCCGACGACGGCUCCGUCAUCGUCUGCCACGGCAUGGUCUACAAUGACCUGCUGCAGAACGCGCUGCUGGUGCCGCUCAAGGUGCUCAAGGGCCACGCGCCCACCCUGGACCUCGGCGUGCUCGACGUCGCCUUCCACCCCCAGCAGCCCUGGAUCUUCUCCUCCGGGGCCGACGGCACCGUCAGACUCUACACCUGAUCCAACAGGAUCCGCCUGGGACCCACUGGGACCCACUGGGAUCCACGGGGUUCCAGUGGGGUCCACUGCGGUUCCACCUGGAUCCACCCCCAGCAGCCCUGGAUCUUUUCCUCCGGGGCCGACGGAACCGU